CAAAGUAGCAAUCAACUCCCUCAAUUGUAAUAGGAUCUAUUUUUAAUAAAUCUUCUCUCAAAAAGAAGAAAAUUAUCUAAAAGCAAAGAGAUGGACAAAAUAUUGUGCGUGAUUGUCUUUGGUGCUUUAGCCGUCGCAAAUUUGGUGCAAGACAUAACAGCCCAAACGGUGCAUGUGGUUGGGGACAACAUAGGUUGGACCAUACCGAACAAUGGAGCUGUAGCUUACACGAAUUGGGCUGCUGGAAAAACCUUCAGUGUUGGCGACACUCUAGUUUUCAAUUUUGGGACCAACCAACAUGACGUGCUGCAAGUACAAAAAACUUCGUUUGAUGAGUGCAAUUCCCAAAAUGCCAUUGGCGAUCCCAUAAUGGCGGGACCAGCAAAUGUAACUCUUGACUCUGCUGGUGAUCACUACUAUAUUUGCACUUUUGGAAGGCAUUGCCAAAAUGGCCAAAAAUUAGCUAUUACAGUUUCUAGCACCAGUACUCCUGGAGCCAACCCACCUACCCCAAGCAAGCCGACCACUCCAGACAUUCCUUCACCAUCCUCUUCCACUCAACCGGAAGCUUGUGCACCUACACCAGCUGCUGCUGGAUCUUCAGGCUCCACUCCUGGUGGUGGUGCUAAUCCUCCUCGUUCAAGCUCCGCUCCGGGUGGUGGUGCUCCUCCUCCUAGUUCAUCCUCAUCGGCCGUGCUGGCCAGUUUUCUUCUCGGUCUAUCCUCGGUUGUCUUGGCCACUUUUCUUUAAGUUGAACAAGUUGAGGAGAUUGUUGAGCUUCCCAUUUAUUGCACUGGAGUUUAUACUACUAUAAAACCAUGUGAUGGAUCUAUUUUUAUUUUUCUGUUUGCCCGUUUGUACUAGAUUUAGUUUUGUUACAUUCACUGAUUGUCUUAGUGAUAUUUUGUGAGUUCAGUAAAAUUAUA